UCACAGAAACUAGCAGUGCCAUUGGACCACUCUGGGAACUACUCCUGUUUACAACAACAUAAUGGAGCCCAAAUGCUCGAAUACCGUUUGCAGGCGUAUUUUAUUAACCGAGUUUAUGUUAUAUGUCGUAUUAGGAGCCAACCAGGUGUCCACGAUCGACAUCCAUGCCGACCCUGAAGUGGUCGUACAGAACGGCACGACGGGAGUCUUACGAUGCACCUUCAAGUCCAGCGAAGUCGUCAGCACCAAAACCUCGGUGACCUGGACUUUCCAGUCUAGUCAGCCUGAUCACCAGUUCUCCAAAGCUCCAUACGUGAUUUACUAUUUUUCCAAUGGGGAAGGAUAUCCAGGACAAGAAGAGUUCAAAAACAGAGUACAGUUCAUUGGUGACAUCAACAAGAGGGACGUCUCGAUACAACUGAGUCCGGCUCAGUUCAGCGACAACGGCACCUUCUUCUGUGACGUGAAGAACCCACCUGACGUGAAGGGUACUCAGGCCCGAACAGAGCUCAGAGUUGUUCUCAAAGAGUCUCUUCCUCAAGCCAACACUGCCAUUAUAAUCGGAGCCGUUUGUGGUGCUUUACUCGUGCUCGUCAUCAUCGCUGUCGCCGUCUGCUUUGUCAUAAGGGUGCUCCAUAAUCGCCAUGAUUAUGAAGGAUGUACAACCUCGGAAAGCUUGAGCUCUCCGGUUCCUCAGCCACGAAAGAAGGUGGAGUCUGUCUCCAGGUGUACCAGCCCCUCGGGUCCUCUGCAGGUAGGAGCUGGGGGACAGAGAAAUCCACUGGCUGCCACCAUUCCAUCGGGCCCGGUGAUAUACGCCCAGUUGGAUCACUCAGGCAGCAAAAACUCCUUCCAUAAGAUGGAACCGGUGGUCUACGCUGAUAUUCGGAAAAACUGAAGAUGGGGACCAAAACCAAUAAAAAAGAAACAAAAACUAAAGUAUGAAACCUCUAUCAGCUGCUCUUGGGAAGGGUGGGAAUAUUUCAACAGGGACAGAAAUGGUGCAGUUUAUCUCUUUUUUUUCUUCUAUUUUCUCCUCUGAAAGCAUGAAGCUGUUAGAAAAUGUCUCUACAUGCUUUUUUGUAAAGACAAAAAAAACAACAAAAAAAACAAGAAAACACUUCGUAUCAGCCUUGAGUUUGUUCUCCAGUACAGGGAUUACAAUAAAAAAUGAGAUUGUCUUCAUGGAUAUCAUUCCAACUGUAAAAUAUUUAAUUUAUUAAUCCUUGAAGUCUCGUGCCCCCAAAAAAGUAAAAGUUCUGCAGACUGUUGCACCAACUUGGCAAAAGAUGCAUUAAAGUGUAACCUAGGCCAAAUUAUAAACUCUUUGCUGUUAGGAAAUGUUGUAGAAGCUGGGGUUUGAUCAGAGUGUGUCAGUGUUUCACAUGCAACAUGCUGCAGAGUCCCUUCCUCCAACUUAGAGACUGUGCUGCACUGUUCAGAUGUAAGGGGAUGUAUUCAGUCAGUUUUACUUCGACAGCAUUUAGAUGCUCCUGUCGUUCAGUUUUCCUUCUUCAUACUCAGUUUGUAUAAACGGGGGGCAACAUUUCACCCUUUCUCUUUCAGAUAAAGUGAGAACCAGAUGUGUAAAAACAUCACAUUAAAUGUUGUUAAAAGUACUUCAAACCACGAUGGCUGAAACCUAAACCUACUGGAAGGAUCUGGCUCUUUCAGUAUUUGGGGGAGUUUGGGGGACAUGAACUUUAAUUAACAGAAAUAUGUUUCUAGUAUAUCACUGCAUGUUGUUAUUUUAGUAUGCAAAUAUUAUGCAAACAUAACACAUACAACAUUUAACGGUGUGGGGAGCUACAUUCUAGUAAGUGUAAAAAUAAGUUGACUAAUUAAAUAUUUGAUAGUUUUUGUCCAGACUGAAGUUGAAUGAAAGAUUUAAGCCAAAAACAGUGGGGAAGAGGACAUUUUUGUCCGCUAAUGCCCUGAAAGGGUAGUAAAUUAACACCAUACGUCAAUCAUGUGCAGCACAGUCUCAGUUACAACAAAACGCCACAGAUGUCUGUAAUAAUGUUUGGUUUUCUGGCUGCUCGGCUUCAAACUGAUGUCAUCACCCAGCUGAUGUAACGGCUCCACCUGGAUGUUUAUUUUGGUGGCCGUUUGGUGCUAAGCAGGACUCAAACCUGCACACAGCUGGUGCAGCAGUCUGCAGACGAUUCUUCUCUACGGAGAGUCCUCCAUUAGUGAUCUUGUUUUCCUAUGAAGUCUUAUGACGUAGAGCUAGUUUUUACAUUCCCUCAGUAACUGCAUGCAGUUGUAAUAACUUAGAAAAUAAAGCUGGUACUCCUUACUCAGCUAGUUUUUGCUCAGAAGCCGCCUGACGUCGUGUUACUGUGAAUGCUUCAGCUCUCUGUGAACUUCUGGCAUGUCGUCGUGGUACCUUUAAAGACAUUUACUCCCCCCCCCAAUGAUUUUCACCUCAGUGGAACACCAAAUGUCUGUUCAUUUAAAAGAUUUUCAGCCCGUCUGUGUUUUGUUAAACACAUGGACAGAGCUGCUUGUCCUCACUGCCUCUCUUUAAUCAUGUUUCUCCUUUUUGAAGCACAUUAAAAAUGUUCAACUGAGGUGAAAUAUCUUUUUUUUAGAGACUGGGAAAUGUCAUUUAUGAAACAAAUACAACGUUUGCAUGCAAUUUACUAACACAACCGUUAUAACAAUAAUAACUUUUUUUUUUGUUAAUCCAUGUAUAAUGUCUACCUUUUUCACUAAAGGGCCAAAUAUCUGCUAUCAACAUUUUUUUCCAGAUAGUUUUAAGCUUUAAAUGCAUUCCACAUUCUUAUUUCUUUGUCUUAAAGCAUUUUAAAGCCAAAUUUCUGUCAUGGUUUUGUUUAUUUUGUCGUGGUUUUGUUCUGUUAGAGAAUGAUAUUUGUGUUGCAGUCAGUCUGAAAGCCUCCAUAUUGUGACUCAAUGCAGUAAAUGUCCACACUGACAGAGUCUCUUGCUCAUCGGUUAAAAUCUAGUGCUGUUUACUGUAACUCAUUCCAGUGUUUGUAUGGCGUUGGAUGUCUUUCCAGAGGAGGACGGUAGUUUGCUGUAGAGGUGGAGAAAGUUGUUUAAUGUUUUCACUCGAGUCUUAAUUCUUUUUGUGCGCAGCGCCUGCAGGAGGUUUCGAGUUUUUUUCCUUCAAAUUGUUUCAAAUUGAUGCCUGCUUCAGCCAAACAAAACCCAAACUUCAGCUCCAGGUUCGUUUUAAAACCUUUGAACUGAGCUUAGAUGCUGUAAAUCUCCAGAACGGACUUUUUAUCUGGACUAGUGGAAGGACAGGUCACAUUGCUGCCUUUUAAAUAAAAAAAAAGACUAAAAGUUGAUCUCAGCUUAAAUAGAAAACCUUCACACUAUCACACUUCUUCUGAUGGCUUCACCUAAAAUUUUAAGAUUAAUGCCUGUGACAGACCUCAUCUGGAGGAAUUUGCAGGUGAAUGAACAGGGAGAUGUCAGAAGUGGCAACAUGGAGGAACGUUUUCCUGUUGUCUCUCCUCAGAUUCAUAUCUCGUUUCCUGACAGUGUUUUAUCAUCAGGAUUAAAUGCAGGGUUGCAAAAGACUUUUUUUUCCCCUCCUAUAAGACUCAGAUGUGAAUGCAACAAAACAGUUUAAUUUUGUAUAUGGCUUAUUCCAGUUCAGGGUCGCAGGGAAUUUCAUUUUUUUUUUUUUUAUUUAUUCUUCUUUAUUAAAGACCAGCUGGAAAAUUAUCUCUCAGCAUUUAACCAUUCCUAGUGGCUUGGAGCAGUGGGCUGCCAGAUUUCAGCCCUCAGGAAGCAGCUGGGGGUUAAGGGCCUUGCUCAGAGGCCCACAUUGGUUUACCUUAGCUGCCAGCCCAGGGACCCUUGAACCUAGAUUCUCCAGACAUGUAACAUUUUCCUGAUGAGGAUUUAAUGUAUGGCCGUGAAUGUGACUGAAAAAACGCACAUGUAUUAUGCCUUCACCUGGACCUGCUGGGUCCUCGUGGAUUUUUUAUGAACCAUAAAAGCCUGAAAGUGUGCUGCCAUGAGGGCUGAAAGCUCGUCACACACCCGAAAUCUAAAUCUGAUUAGACUCACUACAGAUAGAUGAAUGAUGGACUUCCGUUAGCUGUUUAAACCGUUAAUUUGAGAUCAUUACCCUGAAAUCCAGUCAGAAAAGACUUAGGGUUGUGUAGCAAGUUUCUUCCUGUGAUGACAAAUAUUUAAUAAUUCCUACCUUCUGUCUGACUGAAGUGAAGAAAUGUUCAUUUGUGUCCAUUUUGACUCGGCUCUGUGCAGGCGCUGUGUCAUCUUCCACCUUUACUGUCCAACCUUCUUGUUGUUUUCUUUUUGUUUUUCUGCUCAGCAGCAAUGCAUUUCAACGUACUGGACGAACUAAAGAAUAAGACAGCAAUGUGUGAUACGGACAAGCCAUUAACUGCUGGUCGCUUUGCUCCUAAUCGUGACUUGUUGCAGUGUUUUCGUGCUGUUUGUAGAAAUCGUGAUGUUGAAUAUAAAUUAUGAACGAUUCCCGAUUCGACCGAGCUCAAACGGAGCGUUCGGUGGUUCCAGUGAACAGGGUCCACUGUCCACUCGGGACGAGUCUUAAAAGUGCGUGCUUAGUGUACUUUUGAUGGUAAAUAGUUGUUUGUUAUUUGCGAAUUGUUUAAUAUGUUAUGUAAAACCUGCACUAUGUCUUGCAUAUCAGAGACAACACAUGCCCUGUGGUUAUGUUUUUGUUUUGUUUUGGUUCAUCUCUGAAUGAUCUUGGCCUCUGUUUGACGUCUUUAAAACUGGAAUGUUGUACAUUUAGUGCCUUUACAUUUCAUCAGCUAACUUGAACAAAUGCUCGAAAUCAAAAAGAUAAGAUUCAUUUAUUUUCCUUUUAUUGUAUGUAUUUUUUUAUUAACAUAAUAUCACCUCUGUAUCCACUGUUCAAAUUUUAUAUAUAAAACCUACUCCUGGCCAAAUA